CGUAAUUGCAUCAGUUAUGAGGCCCCUAUCCGGCUCCCUAACCCUGUAUGAACAACAGUUUUUCAACAAACUGAACUGGUUGUUGCCCACUCCAGGUGAGUGACUCUUUACACUGCCGAGUCUCAGAACCCACAAGUUCGUAUCCCACGUCGCAUACAAAGUGAACCUCAUGCCCUGGCAGCAAAACGCUUCCCAGCUUCUUGCCAUUGAGAGGAGCAUCCAGUUUUGGACAGGACUUGGUGCAAAGGACCAUUUUCAAAUUGUUGCACAACACAACCGACUGCGCAGUCAGGUCAACCCCAUGGCAGCAAACAUGCAGAAAAUGGAGUGGAGUGUGAAGUUAGCUACACUGGCUUGGGAAAAGGCAAAGUCCUGCGCAAAGGAAAAUGUAGGGCUGGAAGAGGACAUGAAGCACACAGGGUGGAACAUUCAUCAGUCUCCACAUGGUGUGGUCUCCUUUGCUGACAUCAUCACCUUGUGGUUCCAAGAGGGCCAGAACUACAUCUAUCAAAAUGGGCAGUGCAAGGGCAACCACACCUGCAAGCAUUACACCCAGCUUGUGUGGGCCACGUCCAGUCAGGUGGGCUGUGCACUGCACGUCUGUAGGAUUGGAGUGAAGCACUGGGACAUGUUUGUCUGUGCGUACUACCCUGGGGGAAACUGGGAGGUGAAUGGCAGACAGGUGGUGCCCUAUAAAGCUGGACUGUACUGCUCUCUCUGCACAUCGUCAAUGUCUGGUUGCUUGCGUCUUUGGGACCACGUUGGGGGUUUGUGUGAGACGCCCCAAAACCCAUGCCGGAUGAGCUGUGGGCAGCAUGGCCAGCUGAACGUUUCUUCAUGUCAGUGUCACUGUUAUUCUGGAUAUACUGGCCGCUUCUGUCAGGUGCGCUGCAGUGUUCAGUGUGUGCAUGGACGCUAUAGAGAAGAAGAGUGCUCCUGUCUGUGUGAUAUUGGCUAUGGUGGAGCGGAGUGUGCAGAGAAACUACGCUUUCCUCAUCACAGCUGUGACUUGCAGAUUGAUGGCAAGUGUUUUAUGGUGUCCUCUGAAGCGGAGACAUACUACAUAGCCAAGCUGCGCUGUCAGGAAAGAGGGGGCAUUCUGGCCCAAGUUCUCAAUCAGAAGGUCCAGGAUAUCUUGACCUUUUAUCUCGGCCAGCUGGAGAACACCAAUGAGGUCACUGACCCUGACUUUGAGACACGCAACUUCUGGAUAGGUCUGACGUAUAAACCACUGAAAGACUCAUUUCGCUGGGACACAGGAGAAAUUCCCUUAUAUACCAGCUUUGCUUUUGGACAACCAGACAACCAGGGCUUUGGGAACUGUGUUGAGCUGCAAGCAUCCAGCGCUUUUAACUGGAACGAUCAGCGCUGCAAGACUCGAAACAGAUAUAUCUGCCAGUUCGGUCCAGAACAUGUUGCUCUGUGGGAGAUCGGACGAUGAGAACUAUGAGUACUUUGUGACUGCGUCAGAUUUACUUGGACUGAAUCAGAGGUUUUAAGCAAAAGUAUGACUUCUGACUGAUACAGACAAAAUACUGUAAAACAUGCAGAAGUCCUGGAGGUUUGAGAUUUUGGUUUCUACUUCAACAGCAGGGACUGUUAAAAAACUUUAUAUUUUAAGCCCUAAAUCAUGUUUAACAUUUUAUUGUCAAAAACCUGUGGGCAAAUAUAAGACUGGGGUAAAGAAGCGAAAAAGAUUGCUGUGCAGUUCACUGCUUAUAGAUUACUCUGUAACUGAUUUUUCUACUGUCUUCAGGUCAUGCUGCAAU